AUUCCGAAAAUAUUGUUAUGUGUGACGACGGUCCCAUCCCGUUGCAGAAGAAGAUUAACGUAACAGAAUAAAUAAUAGCAUAUGCGAUGCGAGAAAGAUAUAUAAUAAUAUGCGAAAAUAAAUACCGUUACGAGAACCUGCCACGUGUCACUCUUCAUCGCAUUUUCAAACCAUUCAUCCUUCGCCACAACACAACCCCCACUCUCUCUCUCUCUCUUCCCCAUACCGCAUCACCACCAUCAUCACCAUCACCAUCGCCGCCGCCACCACCACCACCACCACCACCAUCAUCAUCAUCAUAACCUUCUUCUUCUCAUUCAAUUCAAUCUUGUUAUGAACCCUAGUUCUUCCUCUAAUUUUGGAUCUGCGUUUAUUGUUAUACAUGAUUGUUUUUUUUUUUUUAUUAUUUGUGUGAAACUUUGUGAGUUUUAUAUGAUGUGAUGUGUAAUAAAGGGUUUCAAUGUUUUAUCGAGUCUGAAACUGUAAUUAAUAAUCCACAAAACUUUAUGAUGGAUAGUCCCACGGCCGUUCGAUCUCCGGCCACCGGUUCGGGUUCCGGUUCGAACGAGGAUGGCCGGCGUGUUAAAUUUUUGUGUAGUUUUCUAGGUAGUAUAAUGCCUCGUCCGCAGGACGGGAAGUUGCGUUAUGUUGGUGGGGAGACGAGGAUUGUGAGUGUUUCGAGAGAGGUUAGCUUUGAGGAGUUGAUGGGGAAGAUGAGGGAGUUGUAUGAAGGUGUUGCUGUGUUGAAGUAUCAGCAGCCUGAUGAGGAUCUUGAUGCACUUGUGUCUGUUGUGAAUGAUGAUGAUGUGGUUAAUAUGAUGGAGGAGUAUGAUAAGUUGGGUUCUGGGGAUGGGUUUACUAGGUUGAGGAUUUUCUUGUUUUCGCAAUCGGAGCAGGAUGGGUCGGCUCAUUUUAUUGACGGGGAUGAUUCGGAGAGGAGGUAUGUGGAUGCGUUGAAUAGUUUGAAUGAUGCUUCUGAGCUUAGGAGGUUGCAACAAAUGGAGUUUCCGAUGAUUGGUACUACGGUUGAGGAUAUUCAUGUGGGUGAUCAGUUUGGGAAUCCGAUGGGAAUGGGAAUGGAAAAUGGGAUUCAUAGCCAGAGAAGUGGGGAACUAUCUAUGUCGCCGUAUAAUUUGCAUCAUAUGCCGAUUCAGCACCAGCAACCUAUGGGACAGAGGUAUGGUGAAAUUGAUGCUCAGUGGAAUCCUGGUUAUUACUCUCCUAGGCAUCAUGGUCUUAGUCAUCAUGAUUCUAGAUCGUCAUUGGUUGAUUAUCCGUCUUCUCCUUCUGCAACGAGAUACCGUGUGCCGUUUCCUGAGAUGCCAGAUAAAGGAAUUGAUAGAGUGUCGGAAGACUAUGCUCGGCAUCACGGGAAUCACCAUCAUCCUUUGUAUGACAAUCAGCCGCAGUAUCCUGAGAAUGUUGUGUGGCUGCAAACUGGAGCUGCACAUGGUGAUAAGUCUGGUUUUCAAGGCAAUGUUCUUCAUAGUUCCCAUGCUCAUGAUGGUAAUAAUAUAUGUGAGCACUGUCGAAUGAAUUUUCAGAGAGCUCAACCACAUUUGGAGCAUCCUAAUAUGCUUCCACCGGUUUCUGUUCCGUGUCCAGAAUGCCACUCAAGCAGGGAAGCUCUCACUGUGAAUGUUGAUUCCAAGUUACAGCCUUCGAUGUAUCCCAAUGAUGCUCAGAAUCAUGAGAGGGCUUGUGGUUUGCAGCAUCAGAAUUCUGGAAGAGUGUCGGAUCAUUAUGUUGGUGAUGUUCCGAUCAUUAAUUUCCCUCCUGGACAUGGUAGUUUGAUUGAUGGACAUGCUCUUCCUUCCGGUCAUGUUCACCAACAGGUUGGACCUGAAUUGGGGGUUGAACUGUUCCCUGACCAAACCAUGGCUGCUAUACCACAUCUAAAAAUUCCUCCGUUGGAAGAAUCCAGUGCGCAGUAUGGAAAUGCACCUCCUCCUUAUGGAGUAGAUAAUAAUUACGCCAUGCCUCGUGGACAUGCCCCUGGCUAUACUCUUUGGACAAAUGGUCCGACUCCAGUUCAUAUUGGACCACCAUACGAAGCAACGACUAUGCAUCAGCCGGUUGAUGGUGUGACAAAUGCUGGACUAUUCAGAGGAGACGGAAGACCGGGUUUUUUCAUUGGACCGGAUAGUCCAAAUCUUUGGGUUGAUUCGUCACAGAAAUUCUCUGGUCAUGAUGGAUCAGCCAUCCCAGAAUACCCUUAUGCAAAUGCUCCGAAGUUAAAUCCAAUUCCCACCGGUCACGAAAUUCAACACCCGAUUAUUGUAGAUCCCACCAUUCAUCCCCCACACGACGUAAAUGCUGGCACUUGCUUGGAACCUGUGCAGCGGCAAAAAUCUUCUCUUAAUAUCAUGCACAAUAACGAGGUUUUAAAUAAUGAUGCACAUUUGACUGAAGUGAUGAAUUUACAAUCUAUAAGUUUGCUUGGAGAAGGAAAAGAGGCAAUAAAUGAAGACAGGGUUGAAAAUGUUAAUGUGCAAAGGGUAUCCUCUUCAGAUCAAAAUCAAAUUGUUGAAGAUGUAUGCAACGCUGCUGCUGCUUCUGUUGUUGAGAAACUGAUUGAUAAGGACCAUUCUUCUCCUGGAGAUUCUCAGCAUUUAGUUGAUCAAUUCAAUAUCUUGCCUGAGUUGAUUGCUUCUGUUAAAAAGGCUGCGUUGGAAUAUCACGAUGAGGUGAAACCUACAGGUGAAGAGCAUGCCGAUGGUCAGAUGAACAAUUUGAAUACCCAAGAAGAAACAGAAAAAGAAGUUGAGCCUGUGAAUGCUCAUGGUGAUUUAGAAUUAGACACUGAAAAUGACCAUGUAGAUACUUCUAAAAUCGAGCCUACAAAAGCUGAGGCAGAAGCAAUUGCCAGGGGAUUGCAGACUAUUAGAAAUGAUGAUUUGGAGGAGAUCCGUGAGCUAGGUUCUGGAACUUACGGGGCUGUUUAUCAUGGGAAAUGGAAAGGUUCUGAUGUCGCCAUUAAGAGAAUAAAAGCCAGUUGUUUUUCUGGAAGACCAUCUGAACGAGCGAGAUUGAUUGCAGAUUUCUGGAAGGAGGCAUUGAUGCUUAGUUCAUUGCAUCAUCCUAAUGUUGUCUCCUUCUAUGGUAUUGUUCGUGAUGGCCCUGAUGGGUCGUUAGCAACAGUAACAGAGUUCAUGGUUAAUGGAUCUUUGAAACAGUUCUUGCAUAAGAAGGACAGAACGAUAGAUCGUCGGAAGAGGCUCAUUAUAGCCAUGGAUGCUGCAUUUGGGAUGGAGUAUUUGCAUGGAAAGAACAUUGUGCAUUUUGAUUUGAAAUGUGAGAAUCUAUUGGUCAAUAUGAGAGAUCCACAAAGGCCUGUCUGCAAGAUUGGUGAUUUAGGUCUUUCGAAGGUUAAACAACACACACUAGUGUCUGGAGGGGUACGAGGAACUUUGCCAUGGAUGGCACCCGAGCUUCUUAGUGGGAAAAGCAAUAUGGUGUCAGAGAAGAUUGAUGUUUACUCGUUCGGGAUAGUCAUGUGGGAGUUACUCACCGGCGAUGAACCUUAUGCGGAUAUGCAUUGUGCUUCAAUAAUAGGAGGAAUUGUGAACAAUUCUUUACGUCCUCAAAUCCCGUCAUGGUGCGAUCCUGAGUGGAAGUCUCUAAUGGAAAGUUCCUGGGCUUCUGAUCCUGUAGAAAGACCAUCAUUUUCAGAAAUUUCCAAGAAGCUGAGGACUAUGGCUGCUUCGGUGAAUGUGAAAUAGUCAAUUAAUCGUGAAACACUCAAACGCCCUUCUUGCAUUAUACGUAGCAUAGAAUCAGUAACUGAAGGGAAAUAAAGCGAAGCGGGGUUCUUCCCGUUCAAAGCGCCAACAAGCUUAGCUUUAAAAGGGGAAAAAUAUAUAUAUUUAAAGGAGUAUUCAACCUUUACAAGCUUGUAUUGUAAUAUCAUAUCCUCCUUCCUUGGUUUAGUCUAAACAGUCUUUUAUAUUCUUGCCUUUAAUGGUAUUUACCUUAGCGCAGUUAAAUGCACGAUAGCAUGGAUUUUCUCCGGUAGCGGCAUGGUGGGGAAUAUCAGUCUGUCACACUUUUUAAACGUGAUAAUCAACUGAGGAGGAACCAUGCUAUCUGUGGAGGGAUGUAUAUAGUUAACCAACAUGUCUCAUGUGCUUCAUAUGGAGAGUGAUAAUGAUGAAUUAUGCUCUCUAUUUGCAUAUGGAACAUAUUCAUUUUGUCAUCAACAUUUUAUUGAAUUGCUUCAAUAUAUUUAUAUGAUAUAUAUUUUCAAUCAUAUGAAUCUGUACACUCAAUGAUGUGUUAUGUCUCUUGAAGCUGUAUAAAAUAAAGGUUUUUUUUAAUAA